CCGCAGACCGCAAGAGGUUGGUGAUAUGCUUAAUUUCUCUUCACCAACUUCAACAUUAUUCACUUCUCUCUUUCUAACUCACAAAUUAAAUCAUGCUUCAUCCUUCUUCUAAAUUUCCUCAAUCCAAUCAUCUACAUUUCUCCACUCACGCUUCCGGCAGGAUAACCGACGGUUUUGCUGUCACAAAUCAUGGCUUCCGAGCUCACAAACCGCCGCAAAAUUAUGCCAACUACCAACCCUGGAAUAGCUCGCCUGGUUUUGGACCGGAGAGGAAGCUCAUAGAUGAUGAUGGUUCUGGGGUUGUUUCACCUCCUUUGUGGAGGACAAGCCCACCAAGAAGUCCUCAGGAUCGCCAAAGCCAUUAUCGAAGUCUUUCUCCAUCGUCUAGAACUCAAGCCAUUGCUAGAGGUCAGAGGGAGCUCAUGGAUAUGGUGAGUCAAAUGCCUGAGGGAUGUUACGAGUUAUCUUUAAAAGAUAUUGUUGAACAGAACAUGGUUGAUCAGGCUAAAGAGGAGAGUUUUAGUAAAGAAAGGAGUAAAAACGUUGAAGGUAUGUAUAUAAGAGAGAGAUCAGAGAAGAAAAAGAAUGAUAAACCAGUGCAAAUUAACAGAAGUGGGAGCAUAGACAAAGGAGGAUUUCUUCUGAAGAUGGUGUUUCCGAUUUCUUGGGGUUCAAGAAAUAAGAAGAAGAAAAACAACAAUAUUUAUAAUAACAAAUCAGGGUUGAAGAAUAGUGCGAAAGAUGGAAGGGUGUCUCCGAAGCCUCUGUUGUUGGAUGGAUCAGCGAAAGGUGGAGAAAAUGAGUGGUGGAAGAACAGAUUCUCGGAGUCGUGUGAGAGUGAAAACGGUGGAUUUAGUAGCAAUAGUGGAAGCUCAAAAAGCAGUGGCAGCAGCAGCAGUAGAAGUAGCAGCAGGAAUGGCAGCACCAGGCAUGGAGGAGGUGGUUGCUGGUCUUCCAUCUUUGGGAGGAGGAGGAAGAAACAGAAUAAAGGGUGAAUCUCUUAACUCUCAAGUGCACUAAGUCUUCAUCCCAAAUUAGUUGAAUCAAGCCAUAGCAGGAGACAUGAUAAAGCUUUAGUUCCUGUUUUGUCUGAAUUUGGGACAGGCUACGUACUCAUUCCUAAGACACACCUAAAAGAAGGAUCUCUCAAGAGAAAUCAGAAAAUAAAUUCUUACAGUUACAGAGUUGCAGUUUAGUAUGUAAAUUCUUACAGACGCUUGAAGAGUCUGCUAUCUCUCUCUCUUUUCCAUUUUAGUUUUGUCCUUUGAGAUCCAUAUAUAAAUACCAUCUUUGUUAUAACA